UAGUCUGCCGUAGGUGAUGGAAAAAGAUAUUCGAUUGGGAUGGUGUUUGACAAUUUAGCAACGUGGUUGGUCGACGCGUUAUUCGCGUGCAGGCGUCGAUUCCGUCGGGAAGAAGUCAAAACCUGUCUUCAAACACCCCCACCUGUUAGGGUGGGGGCACACCUUAGACAGGAGGUUUCGGUGUCCCUAUAAAGGCGAGUCCUCCCAAGCCGAACAUGUCAACGAGAAGAAAUACCCAGGCAGCAAUGAACGCUUUGAUCCUCACAGUCCUCGCUCUGGUAGCGGCGGCGACAGCUGCCCCCGUGGAACCAGAAGUUAUCCCGAUCGUCAGCCAAUCCUUCGAGGGUCCGAAUCCCGACGGGUCGUACAAGUGGGCAUAUGAGACCGGAAACGGCAUCAGGGCUCAGGAACAAGGUCUCAUCGAAAACGCGGGAACUCAGGAUGAAGCGAGCUCCGUUCAGGGUGAAUACGCUUACACGGAUAACGAAGGGAAUCCAUUCUACGUGACUUAUACGUCUGGAAAAGAUGGAUUCAUACCCAAAGGCGAUCACUUUCCUCAACCGCCACCAAUUCCCCCAGGUAUCUUGAAGGCUCUGGAGUGGAUCGCGGCUCAUCCGGAAGAGGAUAACUUGUAGAAAAGUAUUUACAAUAUUUACGCGAUACUUCUCGUCGAGUUAUGUUGGUUCUGUUUUUUUUUCUCUUUACUUUCGAUUGUGGAGGUGGCAGUUGAAGUUUACCGAGCUGCAUGUCGCGAGAUGGGCAUGACGUUUUCAUCUCCAGUAAGUUUUCGACUACACCGACUCUGAGAAUAAUAUUUCUAAGGCUCACGUCGUGAGCUUUUAAGCUUGAGAAUUUCGCGUAUCUUCUCUCACGAUAAUUUCUUGAAGUUCGUUCAUCCGAGAACGAGCUUAUCUCCUUCUGGCGGGCGACCCGCGCGAACGUCACAAUAUAAACAGAGGGCUUAAAAUCAUCCCCUCGAUUCCGGCUCUGUAUUAGAUUUAAUAUAACGAGUUCAAACAUUGCGCCGAUGUAAUCGAGAAUCACGACUAACUUGUAAGAAAAACUUGUACCUCGUAAUCGAAAUACUCCUGCAUUCUUUUCUCUUCGAUUUAAUUUUGUAAAUAAAUAAAUUGAUUUACCUCAA